AUGUCUUUUCUCCAUACUCACUCGAGCGAGUGUUUAAAGAGUGAGCUCGAUCUUUUCAGUUUACCACCUACUCAAACGAGUAUCGAGAGUUCACAAUGGAUUUAUUACAAACCGGUAACUUCGCUCGCGGACGACGCACCUAUAGAAUUCGUCGUACCCGGACAAGGAGAAGAUUAUCCAGAUCUCACGCAUACUAUGCUAAGCCUUCGCGUACGAGUGGAAAGUUUAUCCGGCCCUGGAACAGCGGCAGGAGGAAACAAAGUAGGCCCUGAAAAUCAUCUGCUACAUUCGAUGUUCAACCAGAUCGAUGUAUACUUCAAUCAAAAACUCGUAUCACCCCCGAACAACGCCUACGCGUACCGCGCGUACGUUAAAGCAUUGUUAAAUUAUUCUUCACCGGCAAAAACUUCCCAUCUGACUUCUUCUCUCUGGGACACGGACGAGCCCGGUCAUAUAGACGCGCUAUUAGAAUCGGGAACCUCAAAUCAAGUUCUCGUAAGACGCGCCCGAUACGUCCAAGGAGGUCGUUCACUGGAUCUAAUAGGCCAUCUUCAUUGCGACGUCUUUAAUCAGGAUAAAUUUUUAAUUAAUGGGGUAGAGGUUAGAAUGAGACUCGUUCGCUCGAGAGAUACAUUUUGUCUCAUGGAAGCCAAUUCAACGUCAAAAAUACAUAUUCUAGAUGCUAGUUUGCUCACAAGAAGAGCAAAAAUAAGCCCCGGAGUGUUACUCGAUCAUGCGAGAAUGUUGAGUAAAACAACCGCCAAAUAUCCUCUAACACGAGUCAAAGUUAAAACGUUCACGAUUCACGCAGGAGUGGUAGGAGAAUCGGUUGAUAACGCGAUACUCGGCCAGCUUCCAAAACGCGUAAUAGUCGGAUUCGUCGAUAACAAAGCGUUUAAUGGCGAUAGAAAGCUAAAUCCAUUUAAUUUUAAAAAUUACGGCAUAAAUUUCUUCUCGUUAUAUGCCGAUGGCAUGCAAAUUCCGAGCAGAUCGCUGCAACCAAAUUUUUCAAAAGACGAGCCGCUCUACAUCAAGGCUUAUAACACUCUCUUCUCGGGAACCGGCAUUCAUUUUCUAAACGAGGGGAAUUCCAUAAGCAGAGAAGAUUAUGCCGAUGGAUUCACCCCUUUCGCUUUCGAUCUCACUCCCGAUCUAUCGGCAAAUUGCGCAGGACAUUGGAAUCUUGUCAGACAUGGAAGUUUAAGAUUAGAGGUACGAUUCGAAAAGGCGAUUACAACAACGAUUAAUUGUAUCCUUUACGCAGAGUUCGAAAACGUGAUGGAAAUCAACUCUUCGCGUCAAGUCAUUGUAGAUUUUAGCGGAUAA